AUGGGUGUCGUCGUUGACUACAAAAAGCCAAACCAUGGCAUUUUCCGCGUCCUCCCAGAUGCGUGGGUUCCAUACGCUGAACUGAUGCGUCUUGACCGACAAGCUGGAUUCUGGGCUUUUUACUGGCACUACUUGAUCGGUCUUGGUUUCGCUGUCAACAUCAAGCCUUUCUCCAACGACCUUGAUCUCGGUUCCAUUGCCUUUCUCGCCGCGUAUAUGGGUCUAUGGACUGUCAUCUUUCGCGGUAUCACCUGUACGUGGAACGACAAUCUAGACCAGGACUUUGAUCGACAAGUCGCUCGCUGCCGAGUGCGACCAAUCCCCCGUGGUGCCGUAUCCACCUUGCAGGCACACUUCUUUACUGCUGCUCUGUCUGCUGCUGGAGCCUGUCUCCUUUUCCCUUAUGGUGAAUCGACACUAUACCAUGCUGGAGUGGACAGCGUGCUCUUGUUCAUCUACCCUCUCUUGAAGCGUUAUACGCACUAUCCCCAGGUCGAACUCGGAUUUGGCUUGUCUUAUGCCAUCUUUUUGGUUGCUGCGUCGAUCGGAAAGGAUCCACUGCAGCCUCUGUUGGAUUCGUCGUUGGAUUUCUCAUCCCGAGUCUCCAAGGUCAUCCAGUCCCCCCUGGCCCAGUCCGCUGCGUGUCUCUACGUGGCUGGUAUUCUCUGGACUGUCAUCUUCGACACCAUCUAUGCUCACCAGGAUUAUUUGGAUGACUUGAAGGCUGGAGUCAAGGGACUUGCCGUGCUCCUUGGCAGGAAAGGAACAAAGCCUGCCUGCUAUAUCAUGGGUGCCGUGCAGAUUUACUGCCUGGUUCUGGCGGGUCAGCUGGCAGAAUUUGGAGAAGUCUACUAUGCUAUUUCAUGUGGUGGAACGGCUCUCACUCUGGCAUGGAUGAUCUGGGUCACUGAUCUGGAAGAUGGUGCCAGUUGCGCUUGGGCAUUUGGCCGUGGAAGUGCCUACCCCGGUGCCGCGAUCUCGGUCGGGCUUUUGGCCGAGUUCUGCGCCAGAAAGUACGUAUUCUGA